AUGGAUUACAACCUAGAGUUAUCGAGGUUGAACUCAACAUUACAACAGGUUGUGAGCAGUUCGCAGAAUGUCGUCUGGACCGGUACCAAAUUGUCUUCGAGUAUUGAUUAUAUUAAAUGGUCACGUCAAAUGUCUAGACGUAUGAAUGCUAUUGGUAAUGGUUUAGAUGUAUACUAUGAAAAUGGUUCUGUUUGUUUUGAAGCCCAUGGUGAUCCUGAACUUGUUGCUGCCUUGAAAAAGACUUAUGAUGGUAUUAUUGAGGAAUAUGUGUCUGCUAGUGUAUCCCAAGAUGUUAUUGAUCGGUUGGAAGCAAGGAACACAUAUGGUUAUUCAAGUAUUGUCUUCUUGAAAAGUCAUUAUGGAACCGUAUCCAUGAUCAAUGCUGUCCGUGUCUUUGAAUCCGUUUACACUCCUUAUCCUGGUUCUCUUGCUAAAAUUAAUAGUUUGUUUGAUACUGCUGAAUCUUUGAAACUUACUGAUGCACAGAUGAAAGCUUGUCGCUAUUUAGCUGUUUGGUCAAUUCAUAAUGAUUUCAAGCCUGGUGAUCUGGAAAAGAUUUUUGCUGCUUACCAUCAAGAGUUUGGGAAAGAAUUUGAUGAUUUCACUAUGGAUAACUUGUUGGAUAUAAUCUCAAACUUAUGUCCUCCUGUAUCUACCUCUGAUCCAUCUGUUCCCUCCACUGAAUCAAGUUUCGCCGCUUAUCAAAAACGUCCUAUCAAUGAAUUAAAGUGUUUCAACUGUGGUGCUCGAGGUCAUACUUAUAGGAAAUGUCCAAAACCAAGAUCUGAAGCGCAAUCCAAGAAAAUUACUGAUAUUAGGGCUGGUAAAGUUCAGAAAGAUACUGCCUGGUUUGGAUUCAUUGGUUUUGAGCCAAAUCACACUGGUGAUUCUGUCUUUCUUGACAGCGGUUGUUCUAAACAUGUGUUUAAUUCAAGAGACUGGUUUACUAAAUUCACUCCAAUUAAUAAUCAAUUUAUUAUCGGUAUUCAUGGUAAUCAAAUUCCUGUGUUAGGUAUUGGUACUGUUGUUUUAACUCUCGCCAAUGGAUCCAGAUUGACUUUAAAAGAAGCUAAUUAUGUCCCGAAUGCUGCUGCUAAUCUU